AUGGUCAACUCCUGCUGUGGCUCUGUCUGCUCUGAGGAGGGCUGUGGCCAAGGCUGCUGCCAGCCCAGCUGCUGCAGGCCCACCUGUUGCCAGCCCAGCUGCUGUGUGUCCAGCUGCUGCAGACCCCAGUGCUGUCAGUCUGUGUGCUGCCAGCCCACCUGCUGUCGCCCCAGCUGCUGCAGGCCCAGCUGCUGUCGCCCUACCUGUUGCAUUUCGAGCUGCUGUAGGCCUUCCUGCUGCCGUCCCAGCUGCUGUGUGUCCAGUUGCUGCAGGCCCAGCUGCUGUCAGUCUGUGUGUUGCCAGCCCAGCUGCUGCAGGCCCACCUGUUGCCAGCCCAGCUGCUGUAUGUCUAGCUGCUGCAGGCCCAACUGCUGUGUGUCCAGCUGCUGCAGGCCCCAGUGCUGUCAGUCUGUGUGCUGCCAGCCCACCUGCUGUCGCCCCAGCUGCUGCCGCCCCACCUGUUGCAUCUCCAGCUGCUGCCGCCCUAGCUGCUGUGUGUCCAGCUGCUGCAGGCCCCAGUGCUGCAUCUCCAGCUGUUGCCGCCCCACCUGUUGCCAGACCACCUGCUGCCGCCCAGCAUGCUCUAGUGGUUCUUGCUGCUGA